AUGAAGUCACAUGAGAUUCCUGUACUACCAUGGCAAAAGGUCAGUGUUGAUCUUUUUCAUCUUGAUGGAAAGAAUUAUCUAGUCACGAUUGAUCAUUACAGUGAUUUCUUUGAGUUAGACUCGUUAACGAGUACGUAUACAAGAACAGUGAUUAGAGCUAUGAAAAAGAACUUUGCAAGAUUUGGUAUCCCACAGGAGUGGGUGAGUGAUAACGGACCGCAGUUUGACAGUCACGAGUAUACUCAAUUUGCCAAGGAAUAUGCGUUUAGGAUGGUAAAGUUAUCACCCUACCAUAAUCAAGGAAAUGGAAAAGCAGAAGCAGCUGUAAAGGUGGCAAAGAACAUUUUAAAAAAAUCUCGUUAUGAAGAUCCCUAUUUGGCACUACUGGCAUAUAGGAAUACCCCACAGCAGAAUUAUACGUUUUCUCCAGCGAAAAGACUUAUGUCAAGGAAGUUGCGUGAUAUUAUUCCAGUAUUAUCUAAAGAGCUACAGCCAAAACAGGUGCACCAUAAAGUGGUUCUGGGCGAUAUAGCAAGAAGACGAGUUUUGUCCAAGUCAUACUACGAUCAGAAAGUGUCAGGGCCACUAAAGGAAUUCACACCAGGAGAAAAAGUUUUUGUCAAGCCUAAUCCAGCAAACAAGCAUAAACCUUGGAUGUUCGGUGAAGUGAUUUCAAACCCGGUCCCUUGA